AUGAUUAUGGCUCCGGCCGUGGAAUCCUCGACCGCUUUCCCUCGCUCGCACUCUACUCCGGACCUGCUCUCCUUGCCUGGCCUCGACAGACCCGCCCCGACCUUUUCCUUGAACCAGAACCAGCGCCCUCUGGGCCAGUCCCUUUCCUCCCUCCCGAGCCUCCCAGACUUCGACGUGCCUUCUUUCAACUCCGACUUUUCGCUCGACACCUCCGUCUUCCUCGCCGGAAACAAGGCCGCCCCGAACCUGCCGGCCCCGAUCGUCCGCACGGAAGAGGUGGUUCCCGACGAGACACCCCCAACCAAUACCAAGCCAAAGUCCAAGACAAAACCUGCACGAUCCAGGACGGGCUCCCUGGUCGAGCGCCCCCGAUGGCUCCCCAACUCGCUCACCAACGGAGAUUCUCAGGAUGAGCCACCUACCCGUCCCACGACCUCAGCCGCCGACAUGAGAUUUGGUGGCGGAUCGUCCGGCAAAGACGACUCCAAGGCUCUGGAAAAGAGCUCGUCGACAGGAUCAUUCGCGAGCUUCGCCAAACGAUCCUGGAGGUCGUCUCGAUCGCCCUCCCCGAUGGAAAAAUCUGACGCAGCCAACGAGGAUGUCACGGGUCGGGGGCGUUCAGACAGCAUCACCUCGCUGAAGCUCUCCAAGACCCGCAAACGCCCUGGCCUGACCGUUGAUCAGGUGGACAAGAACCAGUCGACUGAUUCGCUCAAACCAGCCUCAAAGGCGUUUCGCGCGAGCAGCUACUUUUCCAAGAAGAAACAGAAGCCAACGGCCCUCAGCAAGCUCAACACAAACACAAACAUCGGUUCAGACAACAGCUGCGCUUCCUCAGCUACUAGCCUCGCUCCACCCGCCUCAACCAGCACAGAAGGUCGAAAUUCACAGUCAACCCUCGUCGAGAUCAACACCACCCUCACCGAUGAGUCGUCGAUCGAGAUGCCGCACCCUCAGACCCGCGACACCCUGUGGUCCACUUUCAAGACGCUCGACGUCGAGUUCAAGGGGUUCCUGGCCAAGACGACUGCGCAGCGUAUGGUGGUGGUCCAGUCGUUGGUCUUCCCAUUUCUGCGCAACACCAUGAACCACGAGUCCAUCAAGCGAUUGUAUCCCGAGGACGUGGACCGAAGAGCGACUAUCCUCAAUAAGUGGUGGACGGCCAUGAUGGAAAUGCUCGAGGGCCAGUCGCCUCAGCCGCUACCGGGCGUUGACCGCCAGAUCAUGUAUGAGGCAGUGACGUUGAUGAUGAUGCGGCCGGAGUGGCGUCAGACAACAUCUUACUUCCAGCCGCUCUCCAGUCGAUCGCCAUUCGAGCGGGUACGGGGCAGGUCGGCCACCGACUCAUCUGGCUCCUCGAUGACCUCCAGCCAGGCGGCAUUCCUCGAAGAAUCAUCUGAGCAUAACGUGAGAACCAUGUUCGUGACCAACCUGGUCAGGCAAAUGGCUUUCGUGGUUGAGAAGAUGUCUCUCCGACAUGCCCCGCCGGGCCUCGUUAACUUCGCCGGCAAGGCCUGCGCCUACGCCUUCUUCUUUGCCCCUGGAGUCGCAGACAUUUUGGUUCGACUCUGGGGUCUGUCCCCCGAACUCAUCCGACGCGUCGCAAACGAAUAUGGACUCCCGUGUAGGAACAGGGGCGAGAGUGAGGAUAUCGUCGCACUGUUCCCCCCGAAUCUCAACAUGUUUGGCUGGACGACCCCCAAGGGCAUGUGGGACAACCUGAAACAAGUCCCCAAGCUGCCAAUGCUUGUGUCCCGGAUUCCCUGGACCGGUCCAUGGGUGGCAAGAUGGAAGGGUCGGGAUACUGACAUCUUUUUCAUUUUCUCCAAGUACUUUCACAUUCUGUCCGAGCAAUUCAUGCCGUCUGGUCUGCCGUUGAUUGAGAAGGCUAGGUCUCCUGCUUUCGCACUCGUUCAUGCACAACUCCUCUUCGUCAUGGACACCAUUAUCCACCGCCAGAUCACCAUGGACGGUGCCUGCAGCCCAGCCCAGGUCGACUCUACGAACGGCGCGGAUGCUGCCAUGACAUUGCCGCUUCCCUCGGGCAAUGGGAUGAAGGGAAUGUCUGAUCAGAGACUCGUCGUGUUGUUGAAGGACUUACUCUCCGAUGAAACCAGUGAUAUGGCUGCGGCUCGCCAUACGUUUGCAGAGUCGUUUGCUUUCCUGAUGAAGGCAUCCGCGCGCAAGACGCCACAAUUCAACCACACGGAAUGCUUCACCUUGUGCGACUUUUUGGAGGAGAUUUUGGUGUUGUACAGCAAGUACGAAGACACGGAUGCCACGACAAACUACAUCGACUGGCCGUUCUGGUUUGACGUGUGCAAGAAGAUUAUGAGCUCCUUUAAUACUAUGUCAGAAGUCCGGAUGAUGUCCUUGAUCUUCGGGAUCUGGGAUGCCAUUGCAAAGAACCCCCAGCGAAAGUUGGCUCUGUGUCGGGAUUGGCUUCUGUCCGAGGAAACCUUCAACGACUUCUUCAACCACUGGUGUCCCAUGGUCCGAGCCUACUACCAGCGCUUAAUCUGCUGGAGAAUGUGCCGAGACAAUGGGAAGCAGGACGAGGUGGACGCCAAAAUCUUCAUUCUUGUAACGAAGAGACUUAGGACCACCUGGGCUCAUUACCUCUAUCUCAAGCAUACUGCCGAGCAAGAGCAACGAUCACCUCCUUCGACUGCGCCAGUUCUGCCUGCCCCAGGCAAGCGGUUCAUGAUUAUCCGACAGGAGGUGAACACUCCUCAGCCUGGGCUUUUCAUGGGAUUUGAUUCCCUGCUCAAGCCCACAGGUGAAAUGGCUUCUAGUGUCGGGAACGAUACUACUCUCCCCAAGAACGACUCCAAGAAGCGGUGGUCACUCCUGGGCAAGGUUCUAUCCCUGGGCAGCAACAGUUCUGAUGGCGGGGACGACGACCUCCAGGCUGCGCGCCGUGACACGGCUGAGGCAAGAUCGGCCCUUUCACUUCCACCUUCGAAGACGCCCUCGUUCCAUGGCCCUCUGGCCCGUGAUUCUGACGAUGAUCUCCCUAUUUACGAGGAACCCAAGUUCGUCUUCAGGUUCAUCCUAGCCUGGCAGAACCAAGCAGCACCCUUCCGUGACCGAUUCUUGACACGCCCUCGCCUACCCGCACCUGCCCAGUCUCGACUCGUACACUCUCCUGCGAACAACAGCCCGCAAUCGCCUUCCAGCGGUUUUACCUCCCCCACGCGCAAGUUCUCUGGCGGCCCGCAACUAGGUGGACUGAUCAAUGGAGCCAGGAAUGCGAGCCCCCUGAGUUCUCCUGUCGAUGAAAAACCCCGACGCCUCUCCCUUAGCCUGAUUUCGGUAGGUGGAACAUCCGAGAUUUCGUUGCCAGAUCUAGGCGACGGAACGGCCAUUUCAGCUGCUCGCAAGGGCAGUCCUGCACCGUCCACACCAGUUGGCCAGACCAACAGGAACGCGGAUCGAUUCGAGGACGGAAUCACUGAGCCCGUCAAGCCUGCUGGCAUUUACAAAAGGAACGUCGUCUACGCCGGACGAGCGCUCGCCGAGUGGAGCCAAGUUGUUUUCGAAUGCAACAACUUCGUCGAGCGCCGUACUGACGAGGGCGUCGUUGACAUUGGUGAUAUGGAAAUCCCAAUACUUGGAGUUGACGGAUUCCGCAAGGUCGGAGCCUAG